AGUUCCACUCAAGAAAAGACGUGAAACACUCACUCCCCAAAGAGAUAUCCCUUCAAUGCAGAGCAGCGGCGCCUAUCCCGCUCCACGAGGCUCCUCUGGCUUCACAGCAUCAGGAGACAAGGCCCAAUGGCAAUGUGAUGCUAAGUGGGAAAGUGGGGUCUGCAUCUAUCUGGACAACUCCAAUAUAUUUAUCGAGGCGCAGAGACUGGCCGUCACCAGAAAUGGCAACUCCGUAGAUCCGUCUGUGAGGCGUCGCAUACGAGUGGAUUUCGAAAAUCUCGUGGCACUCUGUUGUGCAAAUCGAAAACUCGUAUCUGCUCUAGCUGCGGGAUCGAUACCCCCUGAGCUGCGCAAUCUCUGGUCGAGGCUGGAGGCGGCCACGGGGGCGCACGUUUCCCUCUUCAAUAGAGGAGAUAAGGAUGGCAAGGAACGGCAAGUGGCGGAUAUGCGCCUUCAAAUGGGCAUGUAUAAAGAUGGAUGCAUGGCGAGCGGCCUGGUGUGGCGGUGUGUGGUCACUGGGGAUGGAGCGGAAUAUGAGCCAGGGGAAGGAUUUUUCCAACACUCCAGAACCUCCAGUACAAAGGAUGGAAAAUGAAGUGUUGUCAUGGAGGCACUGCAUCAACCGAAGAUGUUGAGGUGGGUGGAGGGAAAUGGGAUCUUCGUGGCACUGGACGACUUCUAUGAGGAGAUCACGUUUCUAGAAGAGGAAAGGCAGCCGACAGCAGACUACAGGGUGCCGCUCGGUGUGCCAAGCCAAUUGACCUGAAACGCAGACCUGCAUACGAAGACUUCCGUCUAUCGAAGACUAUGGCAUAUUGAACACUGUUCAUAGUACCACCAAUAGGUUCAAAGUUGUUUCUACCAGCACAUUGAACUGCUGAAUUGUUUAUAGUAGUUAUUUUCAAAUCUGUAUUGUUUUAUCAAAGUUGUUCUACCGGCACUAACCAAAAUGAAAAGCACAGAAGUGCAAAACCCUCAGCGUAAAAGCAAUGUGCAUUGACUGUUGCUAUGAUUCCCUUUUGUAGUAAAUAUGG